AUGUCCAGCUCGACUUCCAAACUGGGCCAAACCCUGGCCAAGGGACUCGGCAUCAAGAUCCCUUACCGGGACCCUCUGGGCUCAGAAGCUGAUCCCGUCACUCGAGGAGAGUCCGUCUUUACCUCUGGCACUGCAGAGACGUACAUCGAACCCGAGCCUACUGUUGCCGAGUGGAUUCAUGAUCAGAUCCCAACUACCCACGACGUCUCGAACUAUAUUAUCAAUUUGUUUCCAUUUUUGAAAUGGAUUACGCGAUACAACAUGCAAUGGUUCAUUGGGGAUUUGGUUGCUGGUAUUACUGUUGGCGCCGUUGUCGUUCCUCAGGGAAUGUCCUACGCUCAAUUGGCUGAUUUGCCCGUCGAAUACGGUCUUUACUCCUCAUUCAUGGGGGUUUUGAUCUACUGGUUCUUUGCCACUUCCAAGGAUAUCACCAUCGGCCCAGUCGCUGUCAUGUCAACCCUCACCGGAAAUGUCGUCAUUGCAGUCCGAAAAGAGCACCCAGAACUCCCCGCUCAGGUUAUUGCGUCAGCGUUGGCUAUCAUAUCCGGCGCUAUCAUUACCUUCAUUGGUUUGAUCCGAUGGGGUUGGAUCGUCGAGUUCAUUCCAUUAACUGCAAUUACAGCUUUCAUGACUGGCUCUGCCUUGAACAUUGCAUCUGGCCAAAUCAAAAACUUGUUGGGCGAAACUGUCAAUUUUAACACAAGAGGCGCCACUUAUCAGAACGUUAUCAACUCUUUGAAAUACCUCCCCUCGGCCCAGGUCGAUGCAGCCCUAGGUUUGACGGCUCUUUUCAUGCUGUACGCCAUUCGAUCUGCCUGCAACUACGGUGCCAGGAAGCGACCACAAAGAGCUAAGACAUUCUUUUUCAUCUCGACACUCCGAACAGUCUUUGUGAUCUUGUUUUACACCAUGAUCAGUGCAGCAGUCAACAUCCAUCGCCGCAAAAAUCCCGCUUUCAAAGUCAUUGGCGUCGUUCCUCGUGGUUUUAAGCAUGCUGCUGUUCCGACAAUCGAUGUAUCGAUCAUCCAGUCUUUCAUAAGUUACCUUCCAUCUGCAGUUAUUGUCCUCUUGAUCGAGCACAUUUCCAUUUCGAAAUCCUUUGGACGUGUGAACAACUACACCAUUGAUCCUUCUCAGGAAAUGGUUGCUAUUGGUGUUACCAACCUCCUCGGACCCUUCCUUGGUGCCUACCCUGCGACUGGCUCCUUCUCUCGCACUGCCAUUAAGUCAAAGGCUGGUGUCCGCACUCCUCUUGCUGGUCUUAUCACUGCUAUUGUGGUGCUGCUUGCCAUCUAUGCUCUUCCUCCACUCUUUUGGUACAUUCCUCAAGCUGCUCUUUCAGCCGUUAUCAUUCACGCCGUCGGAGAUUUGAUCACUCCUCCUAAUGUUGUCUACCAGUUCUGGCUGGUUUCUCCUUUGGAGGUUGUCGUUUUCUUUGCCGGUGUCUUGGUCACUGUGUUCGCCAGCAUUGAAGAGGGUGUCUACACUACUGUCUGUAUGUCUGUUUUCCUACUGCUCUGGCGUCUUGUUAAAGCGCGCGGUGAUUUCUUGGGCAAAGUCAGAGUACACUCCGUCAUUGGGGAUCAUUUGAUCGAUGAACAAGGCAAAUAUGGACCGGCAGGACCUACACCUGAGCAGACUCUAGCUGAGGAUGAUGCAAACGAUACAUACCGCAAUGUCUAUCUGCCAGUUACACACGGUGAUGGAUCCAACCCACAAAUUUCCGUCCAACAUCCUUACCCAGGCGUCUUCAUCUAUCGAUUCUCAGAGGGAUUUGUUUACCCGAACGCCAACAGCGAGACCGAUUAUCUUGUUCAAACAAUUUUCAAGGAAACGCGUCGCACAAACAUUGAAAGCUAUCCCACUCUUGGUGACCGUCCUUGGAACGACCCUGGCCCACGACGAGGAAUGCCUGUCCAAGACAAGAGUCAUUUGCCAACCUUGCGUGCUAUCAUCUUGGACUUUUCCAGCGUUGACCAUGUUGAUGUUACGUCAAUUCAGAAUUUGAUCGAUGUUCGCAACCAAUUGGAUUUCUACGCAAACCCCGAGCCGGUCCAAUGGCACUUUGCCAACAUCAACAACCGCUGGACCAAGCGCGCUCUUACAUCUGCUGGAUUUGGCUGGCCCACUCCAUCAUCUCCAGAUGGGUUCCACCGCUGGAAGCCUAUUUUCAGUGUUGCCGAAAUCGGUGGCAGAAGCUCUGCAGCUGCCGUUGCUGAACGUGAACGUCUCAACAGUCAAGUCAAGGCCGAUGAUCUUGAAGAAGGUCGUCCUAAGUCUGCUGCUGUCCACGAACGUAUCGAACCUGAGGUCAGCAGCAAUGAAGGCGAUGACUACAUCAAACAACUCGACACUAUUACAGCAUACAAAGCCAAGCGAAACAACAUUGCUUUAGUUUCGGGAUUGAACCGACCAUUCUUCCACAUCGAUGUGACUAGUGCUGUACACAGUGUUAUUUCCAACAUUGAAGGAUCUGGUUCCUUUGCUAAGAUCAUCGAGGAGUAG